AUGUUGUUAAUCUCUAAAAAACUCAAAAAAGUAAGGAGACACAGAACUACUACAACUACUACUACUGAAUCAGAAGCUUCUGCUUCACAAGAAGAAGACAAUGAUCCUAUUUCUAUGUUAGAGAGUGAUGAAGCUGCUCUUGAAAAGGAGAAGGAGGAAAAAGAAAUGAAGCAAAUGGAUGAAAAGGAGGAACUAAUGAAGGAUGAGCCAGAAAAGGUUCCAGACAAUGAGGUUGUCAUUAGAGAUCCUUGCCUCAAAAAGCAUUGUGGUGCUGGUCAGAUAUGUGACAUUAAUGAAGAGGGUGAAGCACAAUGUGUUUGCAUUCCUAGUUGCCCAAAUGAAAGUGAUCCUCGCCGUAAAGUCUGUUCCAAUCACAAUGAAACAUGGGGAUCUGAUUGCGAAGUAUAUCAAAUGCGGUGCUGGUGUAACCACGGAUUGGAAAGUUGUAAGGGAGACCAAUACAAACAUGUUCACAUUGAGUACUAUGGCUUGUGUCGUGAUAUGCCAACGUGUACCACUGAUGAAAUGGCUGAUUUUCCACGCAGAAUGCGUGAUUGGCUUUUUAACAUUAUGCGUGAUUUGGCUGACCGCCAAGAACUCAGCCCUCAUUAUUUGAAGAUGGAAAGAGAAGCUGAAACUAACUUGACUCGUCGUUGGGCUAAUGCUGCAGUAUGGAAAUGGUGUGAUCUAGAUGGCCACCCACAUGACAGAUCCGUCUCUCGUCAUGAACUGUUCCCUAUUCGUGCACCACUUAUGGCUUUGGAGCAUUGCAUUGCUCCUUUCCUUGAUUCCUGUGAUGUAGAUGAUAAUCACAGAAUCACUCUGAGAGAGUGGGGAACAUGUCUUGAAUUAGAUGUGGCUGGUGGAAAAGCGGGCAAAGACUCCGGGAAGGCAAAGGCGAAGGCUGUCUCACGAUCGGCAAGGGCAGGUCUACAGUUUCCUGUUGGAAGAAUACAUCGACAUCUGAAGAACAGAACGACAAGCCAUGGACGUGUUGGAGCAACGGCAGCUGUGUACAGUGCCGCAAUUCUGGAAUAUUUAACCGCCGAGGUUUUGGAAUUGGCUGGAAAUGCUUCAAAAGACUUAAAGGUGAAACGUAUUACUCCUCGCCAUUUGCAAUUGGCUAUCAGAGGAGAUGAAGAAUUGGACAGUUUGAUUAAGGCCACUAUUGCUGGAGGAGGUGUCAUCCCUCACAUCCACAAAUCUCUCAUUGGAAAGAAGGGAUCACAGAAGCCAGCAUAAUGUAGGCAGUCUGCUGUGUGUGAAGUUCCAGAAGACUUUUGAGACUUGUUGCAUAUAAAUUUCCAGUUUCUAAAUGAGAACAAUGUGUGUUUGCAAAGUUAAUUUGAAAGUUGACCGUGCGAUUGAUAGAUUGAGAGCACUAAGAUAUUAUGGGGGUGUUUAGAGAGUAUGUUGCAUAUAGAUUGUUUUUUAUGAAUUUUGCCACUUUUAGGAAUGGGCAAAAUAUUCUUACCAAUUGUAUGUCUCAGCCUACAAGUUAAUGUCUAUGAUGUUACAUUGUAGUUGUGAUCUUUCAUUCUAUUGUGUAUCAAAAGUAUAUCCUGUUCGAUUAUAGUGAAUAUGAACACAAUAUUGUUGGAUAUUUUUGGAUAGAUAGAUAUUUUGACCUGACUAUAGAAGUGAACGUGUGAGUGUAAAGAUCGAAAUGUUUGCUGGUUUAGUGCUCUCAUAUUCUGUCUGUGAAAUGAAAGGCUUGUUCUUCAUUAAGUUUAUAUUGUGAAGAUGAACAAAAUGAAUUUUCAGUAAUCUAUUUGAACUGUCUGGAGAUUUUUAGAUUUGAUUUUCUGAUUUGUCAAUACAAAUUAGAGUAAGAUGUUGACAGUAUAAACUGUAUGGUGGAAGCAUUUGUGCAAUGGGUGUGCUGUAUGUAUGAAAUCAAAUGUUAACAAGCCUUAAAAUUUCUGGUGAGAAAAGUACAAAGACUUGUGUUCAUAUUCACUAUCUACUGUAAGGUAAUUUAAGUGCAUUUAAUUGAUCUGCAGAUUUCAUGUAUUCAAGAAUUAUCUUAAUAUUUUAUGUUAGGUAAGUUUUUCAUUGGAAUUUUGUAGUGUUCAUUACAUUCACAAUGUUAUGGCUAGUUUUACAUCUGUAGUAAAAUACAUUCAUUUCAUAAUUUUUGUUUCUGAGAUUUCCUCUUGCCCGUUUCCUUCUGAGUUUAGAAGUUAGUCAAGGUUGUCCUUAUUUAUUUAGUUAAUUGUUGAAUAAGACCACUAAGUAUGAAAUGUCAGCAUUUGUUAUGUAACAUUUAAAAAGUUUAGCCCAAAAAAAAUUACUGAUAUUUGCACACUAAUUUGAAGUCAAUAUUUCAACAGAUUCAAAGUUCUGGAUAUUAACAGAAGUGCAGGUUUCUUGAUUUGGUUUGGGGAAUUAUGAUUACAGCCCAUUCAGUCCCUUGUGGGUGAAGGCAUCAAGAUUAGGUGUCAGACCAGUUGCAUAUGUUAAUGCGUUAAUUAGGGUGUUAUUAAUAUGCUGUUAAUAUUCAUGAAUUCUACUCUUAAUGCGUUGAUACUUUUUCCUUGAGCUGGUGACACGAGUUGAAUGUAGGAUUACCAGUACCGUAAAAUUUCAUUGCUUCAUUACUCUUGUUAGAUUUUAUCUACCAUCCUUCAAUGUUAACUAUUGUGGAUCAAAUAUAAUGUAUUUUGUUAAAUUACAUUUAUAGAUCAUAUAUUGGGAUAAAAGCUUGUUUUAUGGUACCAUUAGCUGCAGGAAGUUUUGCCAAGUGUCAAGGGGACCUUACCCAAGACUUCAUUUUUGAUCAGUACAAUUGGCAUGUACAUUGCAUGCACUAUUGAAACGAGCUGUAUACUCCCUAUUGAGGUAAUGUCUUGUUUUUGCAAAUCUGAAACGGGUCACGUUUAGAAUUAUGCAUUUUGCAGGGCAGUGAAGAAUGAGCAUUGAGCUGAGACUUGUGAAAUUAUUAACGUUAUAUUUUCGUGUAUUAUAAAUGUUGGGAGGAAUGGAAUGUUCUCUAUUAAGGUUAAAAGUUUUGUAACAUUAAGUGAUAAUGGGUCUUGCUGGAUGACAUCAUAGUUUGGGAUUAGUAGGUAUAAUUUUAUUUUCUGAGAAUGUAAAACCAAAACUUUUUAAGGUAUGUGAUUAAAGAAAAUAAAUAUGUUCGGAUGAUGAAAUCAUUUGAACAAUAACUACUUAAGUUUUGGGGAGACUGAUUUCUUUUUAAUGGAGGCAUAUUCAAAAUAAUGAUGCCACUGGAUUUUGGUACUUCAGAUAUGUUUCAAAUUUAAAUUCUGGUGAGAAAAAUGCUCAGUCCACUGUUGUUAUUUACGUUCAUUUUCAAAUCUAACGUAAGAACCUACUAAUAAUUGUGGCAUUUCAUGAUAUUUUCUUAUGGGUUUAUAAUUCCAAUACUAGAGCCGUAGGAAUUUCCAUCUUUAAAUGUCGAUAGACAUGUGAAAAAAAUGUCCUGGCCCAAAAUGGGUCUGAGUGCAUAUUUCACUCCACAACCAGCAGGUUUCCACUUACGUAUUAAAAAGACAUAACCAUGUAAAUUUUAAUUUAUGGCUCAUAUCACUACUAGUAAUUUCUUGAUUUAGUUGGUGAUUGAAGGUGCUGAGUAUAUGAAAUUGAGGCAAGAGAUUACAUAUAUUUCGCUACUUUCUCAGGUAUAUCAUUUGUGUCAAAUAAUAUAUACCAAUAUAAUAAUUUAUAUAGUGUCAAAAAGACAGUUAUUUUGCUGUUAAUAUGAAUUAGCUAUAUUCAAGUUAAAAUUAUGUCAAGGAAUGUGAGUACUUAUUUCAUUUUACUGCAUUUUAUUAGCAAAAACAUGACAAGUGGUAGUUGCAGGGUUAAGAACAUGGAAGUAACAAAGCACUGGGCAAGAUGUAAUGAAACUUCAUUUACAAUGAUUUCAUGGAACUAAUCCUAAGUUAAUGGAACACUUACAAUUAUUGGUAUUUGUUUUUUUUUAAUAAAAAGGGUUCCAUUUGAAAAUUGUUCUGAAAUAAUUGUGAUUGAUAGAAGAGUCUCAGGGUGCUGAAAUAUAAAUUUAACUUGUUUGUGAAAGACUUUUUUUAAAAGCUCAGAUGAUUUGCUGCAAAAUAGCAAUGUUCUUUUGCACAAUGGUUACAAUGCCAAGUGUGAAAUGUGUGUAAACUGCAACUUGGUACUCAGAUCUGCUUGUCUUUCAAAUUGCAAUUCAAUUUGCACCUCUCAAUGGACUUAUCAGAAAGGGAAAUAAAAUUCACAAUCCAACUAUUUGGUCAUGAGCUUUUGGAUUCUGCAAUAAAACUGAAUCAUCCUUCCCCGCGCUUUUUCCAAAUUUUGAUAAGCGCCCUGUGUAAGUGAACUUUUUACGAUUGAAGCGGACACCGUUUUGAGUUCUCGUUGAAAUUUUGCCGACGACGGGGUGGGGAAUAUACUAAGAUUUAUUUAACCAUGCAAAUGACGUAACUCAUCUGUUCACGGUUUCAUCCAAUCGGGAGCUUGAACG